UUGUUUAAUAAAUUUGUUUAUAAUACAGCCAUCAACCUUGAUACUUCAAACAAUAGCUGUUUAUUAAUGAAUUCCUUAAUUAUUUACUUUAGUUUUUAAAAAAAUUUAAAAUGUGUCUUUACAUCAUGAUACACAUUUUAUUUUUGUGUUAGUCAUCUUGAUUGAAAUGACAGAUCUGUUAAAUCUGUCAUCUUGCCUUGACAUAUUUGUCAGGGGAUCUGCUUAUAUUUUUUGGAAACUCUUGUCUCAACAUUGUACCAGACAAUGUUUUACAAACAUUAGUAUUCAAUGAAGGAAUAUUUAUUAAAUUUUAUUCGUCCGAUCUUAUUCCAACGUAAUGAAAAUGGAUCUGCGAUAUUUUAUUGAAGCUCUCUCUUUGCUUUUCUUUUCUUCUAUUGCCAUAAAAUUCAUUGAAUGCUUCCAUGUUUACUCCCAUCAAUUCGUAGUUGAAGUAUUAGGUGGUCCUGAAAUAGCAAAGCAAGUGGCUAAAGAGCAUGGAUUUGAGUACCUUGGACAUAUAUUUGGGGAUUAUUAUCAUUUGCAUCAUAAAAGAGUUGUGAAAAGAUCCUUACAUAAAAGUUUGCCUCACCAUGAACUUUUAUCAAGUGAUACAAGGGUAAAAACAUAUAGCCAACAAGUAAUUAAGAAAAGGGUCAAAAGAGAUUUAAAAGGUUCUGCUGAUUUAAAUGAUCCAAAAUGGCCUGAAAUGUGGUAUUUGAAUAGAGGGUGGGGAUUUGAUAUGAAUGUGCAGUCUGCAUGGGCCACAGGUGCUACUGGGAAAGGUGUAGUGGUCACUAUUCUGGAUGAUGGCUUGGAGAAAGAUCACCCCGAUCUUGUUUUCAAUUAUGAUCCCGAUGCUAGCUGUGAUAUCAAUGAUCAUGAUUUUGAUCCCCAACCUCGAUACGAUAAGCUAGAUUCAAACAGACAUGGUACAAGAUGUGCUGGAGAAGUUGCUGCCAGUGCGAAUAAUAGCCUAUGUUCUGUAGGAAUCGCUUAUGGAGCUCGUGUUGGUGGAAUCCGAAUGUUGGAUGGCGAUGUUACAGAUGCGGUGGAAGCUCGAUCACUGAGUCAUAAUUCCCAACAUAUUCAUAUUUAUAGUGCAUCUUGGGGUCCGGAUGACAAUGGAAAAACUGUUGAUGGACCCAGUGAUUUAGCAUUCCAAGCAUUUCAAGAAGGAGUUGAAAAUGGUAGAGGUGGACUUGGCUCAAUUUUCAUUUGGGCAUCUGGCAAUGGUGGUAGAGAAUUUGAUAACUGUAACUGUGAUGGUUAUACAAAUUCCAUUUAUACUCUGUCCAUUAGUAGUGCUACUGAGCAUGGUCUGGUGCCUUGGUAUAGUGAGGCGUGCUCUUCCACUCUUGCCACUACAUAUAGCAGUGGAUCCUCUGGUGAAAAACAAGUGGUGACAACUGAUUUGCAUCAUGGCUGUACUUCCACUCAUACUGGUACAUCUGCAUCUGCACCUCUUGCUGCUGGUAUAUGUGCACUUACACUCGAUGCAAACCCAAAACUAACAUGGCGUGAUAUGCAGCACAUUGUUGUGAGGACGGCUAAUCCAUCAAACCUUUUUGCUCGUGAUUGGGUUACUAAUGGUGUUGGGAGAAAUGUGAGUCACUCAUUUGGAUAUGGAAUGAUGGAUGCUGGAGCUAUGGUUGGAUUGGCUCGGAUGUGGAUGACUGUUCCUGAGCAAAAGAUUUGUGAAAUACGAGGACGCAAUCUAAACCAACAUAUUCAUCCUCGAAGUAAAGUGGAAGCUUAUCUAUCUGCAAAUUGCUCUCAAGUUAGAUACAUAGAACAUGUUCAGGCUAGAAUAACAGUCACUGCGUCCAGGCGAGGUGAACUGCACAUAUAUGUCACGUCUCCUAUGGGCACAAGAUCCAUGUUGUUGGCUCAACGUCCUCCUGAUACAACUAGAGGGGGAUUUAACAACUGGCCUUUUAUGAGUGUACAUAUGUGGGGAGAAAAUCCCAAUGGCUUGUGGAAGUUAGAAGUUUCUAAUGAUGGACGAACUGGAGGACGUGCAGGAUUGAAAGAUUGGAAUCUUGUAAUCUAUGGCACAACAGAAAAUCCUGAUGAAUUUAUUUUUGAAAGAAAACUGAACCGUCAACGUAAACGACCAAAAAAAGAACCGUCUCUGGAAGAUCCUCCUUUUAGGGAAACACGAAAAUAUUUUAAUGGACACAAAAUUGAUGUUAUGUCCUCUAAGAAAUAUGGAACUACACGUGUCGACAAAUCUAAAAGCAAUGUCGGAACUGAACUACGUUUUGAAGUGAUUAAUGCAUUUCUAUUGUUAUUAUGUGCAUUUAUUUUCCUUCACUAUUAAUGAACUAUGAUAUAAAAUUAUUCUCAAUUUUAUUUUUGUACAUAAUGUCAACAUUUAGGAAUUGUGAUAACAAUUGAAAAAGAAAUAAUUUUUAAUUCUCCAUUUUACUUGUUCUUAUCAAUUAAGAACCAUGACUGUUAACAUUGAAAAAAGAUAUUUUUUUCUUUCUUCUUGCAAGUAAGACAUCAGUUGUAACUGCAAAUGUCUAACAUUUUAUAAGUUUUAAAUUUACUGUUUAUCUUUUUUUUAAAGGUACCAAUUGAAUAUAAAAUUUAAUCAAAUUAAAAAAGCUUAAUUAAUGAAAUCUAAAAAAAUUAUUCUCCAUUUUAUUAUUGAACAUUAUGUUAACAAAUAGGAAUUUUGAUAGCAGUUGAAAAAAAAAAGUCAUUUUUAAUUAUCUUUUUGAUCUGCUGUUACCAAUUAAAAACAAUGAUUUUCAACAUAUUGAAAAUUAUUUCAAUUUUUUGCUUGCUAGUGAGAUAUCAGUUUCACCUGAAAAUAUCUAACAUUUAAUGAGUUUCAAAUUGACUGCUUGUCUUUUUUUGAAAUUUUUUUUUUAAGGUAUCAAUCAGUUGGGAAAAGCAAUCAGUAAGGAAGUCUAACAAAAUUUUUCUCAAUUUUAUUUUUGCAUAUAAUGCUAACAAUUAGGGUUUGUGAUUGAAACAAGCUGAAAAAGAAAUAAUUUUCAAUUCUCUAUUUUAAUUGAUGUUAUCAAUUAAGAACCGUGAUUGCUAACAUCUUAAAUUAUUUAUUUAUUUUACAUGCCAGUUAAACAACAGUUGAUCUGGUGCAUUGUACAAGGCCAAUUGCAGAAUAAUAAGUUUUAAAUUAUUGACAGAUCUUUUUUGACAGUUAUCAAAAUAAAUGUUUAUUUAUUUAUUUUUACAUGACUUUUGGUAUCGAUUUGUUACUAUUAUCAUCUGGAAUUUAUUCAUCAAAAUAAUUUUGUUGUUGUUAUUUUCUGUUUUUAAAUGAUAUUUACUAUGAUUUAAUUUGCAAAUGAGUUUUAGUGCUUGAAAGUUACUUAAUAUUACCUAAUUGUAAAUGUAUUAUCAUAUUAUCUUUUACAUUGCUUGAAAUUUUUUUUAUUUAUUGAAAUCUUUAACAUGUAUCUUAAGUAAGUGUUUUGUGUUCUCAGGGUUAUGUUUUUUUGUUGUUAUGUGCAUAUUAUUUUUAUUUUUUAUUGUUUUUAAAUAGGGAAUAUCAUGUUUGCAUUUGAUUGCCAUUUAAACCAAUAUGGCUUAACCAAUAGAUUAUACAACAUAUUUAUAUGAUCACUUUUUUACACUUGCAUUAUCUUAUACACUUUUAGGAGCUAUUUGAUCUGAAUUUAUUUCUACAUUGUCACUUUCUUGCCAUUUUGGAAUCUCUUAAUUUCAUAUUGGUGUUGUUAUUCUUCAUUCUUUCUAAAUAUGCAGACAAGAUAUAUAUAUUUUUACACAUCAUUGGUGUUUCACCUGAAGUGGAAAAAGUACACACUUUAUUUUUCUUCCAAUUAGCACUUCUGAGGUAGUAUUAUUUAUUCAUUUAGGCAUCAAAAUCAGUAGUUAAUUUUUUUUAAAUUGAUUUUUCGCAUUUUUACAUACAGUAACUUCUCUUUUUAAAAAAUAAAUAAAUUACGCUUUACAAUAAGCAAGAAUUAUCACUUCAACAGUAAUAAUUCAGCAAAGCAUCUCACAGACAACAAAGUACUCUCUUUCAAUUUAUAUUUAUGAUCUAGUUGAAACAGAUAUAUAAGUAUCAAAUAUACAAAAUUUACUUUUUCUCUAAAUAAAUGAGAAAGAAACAAAAUCUCUUCUAAUGUGCCAAAUCAAAGAUUUGCUUAUAGAGAAAGCAAAAUAAUCAUAUGAAAUUCACCAGUUAAAAUUAGUAGAAAAAUCACUUGUAUGACAAACAGUGUAAUAUAAUUUGGGAAUUAAUAAACCUUGUGUUUUAUUUUAAUAUUAUUGUAACUACUUUAAAAAUACAAAGGUGCAAAGUUAAUUUGAAAUUUUGGUUCCAUUUGCUUAAAAAACAAAGUAUGGCUUUCAAAAAAUCAUUAUGAUUUAUCAUGACUGAAGGCGAGUGAUUAAAAAAUCAGACUCUGGUUUGGAGGGACUGGGGUUCAAUCCUUGACUCUUCUAAUGCUCACCUAAUACAUGUGAUAUACUAUGUGCUCGUAAAAUAGGAGGAAUGAAAAGUCCUGUGGUCGAUCACUGAGCAGUACCAUAAGUACAGAGAUCUGGUGAAAAUUUCAUUCCUCUUCAGAUUUAUGUCUUAAUGUAGUAAGUUGCCUCACAAAUGAGUGGUGCUGUCAUCUAUCCAUGGGAUUCUUAACUAAGACCUACUUUCACCCUUGUGGUGCUCUCUUGUCAAACAAAAUACUCACUUUUCUGACUUUAUUCACA